GCAGCUGCAGAAACCAUGGGAAACAACAGAAGUGUACAUGAAGAACCGUUGACACAAACACAGUACACACACCUGGAAGAGAAGAGGAGGUAUCUGGCGAUGCUGAAGGAGAGAGAGGACCUGGUCUGGGAGCAGUCUCAAGAUGACGUCACUGACACCGAAUUCAUUGAAGUCACAGAGACCCCACCGAAAUACGCGGAAAUUCUUCCCGAAGACUUCCUGUUUCCGUUCGAGAAUCUGAUCUUUGAGGGAGGUGGCAACAAGGGACUCGCCUAUGUAGGUGGUAUAAAGUACUUUGAGGAAAUAGGAAUGAUGCCAGGAAUUCGAAGGUUUGGUGGAAGUAGUGCAGGGGCAAUAACCGCAACACUGGUAGCCCUGGGUUACAGUUCCUGCGAUAUAGAAGUUUUCAUGUCGGAUGAUCUUGGGGAGAUAUUUUUAGACCACUCCUGCGGGUACUUCAGCCUUCUGCCCAACCUCCUGAGCAAGUUUGGCUGGAAUCCUGGCGACAGGUUUUCUGAUUGGUGCGGUGAAAUGAUCAAAGAAAAGUCUUCGACAGCGAACCCCGACAUGACUUUCUAUGAUUUGUACAGAGAACGUAGAGUUGAGCUAUGUAUUGUAGUCACCAAUCUGAACCAGAUGAGGAGUGAGUACUGCCACCCCAAAACUACACCGGAUAUGCCGAUAAGGGAAGCAGUGCGCAUGUCAAUGGCUUUGCCAGGUUUAUUUACUGCCCGUUUCUAUGACAACCACGGUCGAACGGACACGUAUGUUGAUGGUGGUCUCCUGUGUAACUACCCGAUACACUGUUUUGAUGGGUGGUACCUAUCAAUGGCUAAAGAAGAUUCGUUCAUGCACCGUGUGAAAUCUCUGAUAGAGUUACCGUACUUGAAGUCUCAGUUCUUUCAACCACCAAGUAACAAAACAGUGGGGUUUCUUGUGUAUGAUGACGUAGAGAUGGAGAUCAUGAGGUACAGACUAGAACACAGAUACGGCUGUAACGAACCAGCAACUCCAAGUAAACAAACUAAAUUGUUUGAACUGAAGCAGACGAAAAAAGCUGCCAAAGGAAAAGCCGACUGUGAACACAGACGGAUCGUCAAGGCCGUGGAGAAUUUCAUGAAGGCACUAAACAAGCACAAUUUAGAUGACAAUGAAUUUAUUGAUAAACACAAACUACAGGAUGCACUUGAAGACAGGGCCGUGUUUUCUGAAGAUGACAUCAGACUACUGUUUGGAGAAGGGGCGGGAGUGGAUGCGGCGUUUAAAAUUUUAGACAAAGAUGGGAACGGUCAGAUAGAGUUUCGAGAGUUGGUCCAAUUUAUUGAAGAACAAGGAAUCAGGUUACAGACGAGGUUCCAGGGAUUUGGGAGAAGAGACGUCCAGAAUUUGGGCGAUUUUUUAUCCGCUCUGAUGGACACGAUGUUGACCAACCUCAAAUAUGUCUUUGUUAAGGAAUCUGAUGACUUCAGGACAGUGGGCAUCAACACAGGGCAUAUCGGAACUUCGGAUUAUGCCCUGGAAGAGGCAGAUAAAGAGUUCCUGAUUCAGAGGGGCUACAACGCUACCAGGGCGUUCUUGAAGUAUUACGUGGCUAAAGGCAGGGAGUGCCAGAGGAAAACCACAGGCCAUCUUCUCAAUGGGGGCCCUAACACAGACGUUACAGAUGGGGGCCUAGUGCUAGAUACUGCUAGUGGGGGCCCUGCUAAAGACAACACUUCUAAUGGGGCCUCACGAUAGACAAUGCUAGUGGGGGGGGGGACCUGUAAAAGACAUCGUUAGAUUUGUGUACCCCACUAGA